AUGAGUUCUCCAAGUCCAACUUUCUCUCUUCCGCCUCAAAAAGUUGCCUUUUCCGGUUUACUAUUUGAUAUGGAUGGUACAAUUAUCGACUCAACGGCGGCAAUUGAAAAGCAUUGGGAAGCGCAAGUUUUAUUGUUAUCAUAGCGAAGUCUUAUUGUCUGAUUAUGCGUGUUUUGUAGGAUUGGUGGAGAGCUAGGUGUUGAUCCUAAAGUUAUUUUGGAGACUUCCCAUGGGAAAAGAAGUAUAGAUACUCUUAAAUUAAUUACUGGCCCCGAAAAGGCUAAUUGGGAGUGUACGUUACCCAGACAUAAAAGUCGUCCGUUUCAUGCCCUGCUCUAUUCACUUGGGGAACAGCGUCGAACAUUUCGGCAACCUUCAGAGCCUUCCUUGAGAUCGAGACGAGAUUUCACAAUCUACGUAUUUGAGUACCCUGAGGGCAUUCAAAGCGGCAGCAUGUAAACCUCUAAGUUCUGAUUUUCUGGGCUGAUUUAGGUAAUUUGCCCAGAUCUCUUGGGUCAAUUAUCUUUAUUCUCUUGGAGUGGUCGAAUAAUAAUGACAGUUACUUUGAGUCAUUGGAACAAUUGUGGACUGUCCCUUUUGUAAUGCCCACAAGAUGUGGAUUUAUAGCAGAUGCUAACGUUCUCUCUAUUCAGAUGUCAAACACAUGGAGGGGCUCUUGCCAAAACUCUACGGAAACGAUGCUACUGAAAUUCCUGGCGCCAGAGCACUCUUGGAUUCCAUCACCUCCGCCAAAGCUCCUUGGGCUAUUGUCACAUCUGGAACUACUCCCCUUGUUACUGGAUGGCUUAGCGUGCUGAAGCUUCCACGCCCAGAGCAUUUGGUCGUUGCUGAAGAUGUUGAGAACGGAAAGCCUGAUCCAACUUGUUAUGAGAUGGGAAGGGACAAAUUGGGGUUGAAGCGUGGUGAUGAGAUUCUGGUUCUUGAGGACUCACCUGCUGGCAUACAAGCAGGAAAGGCUGCAGGAUGCAAAGUCCUGGGCGUCGUUACAUCACAUACUGUCGAGCAAAUAAUUGCUGCAAAGCCCGACUUUAUCGUCCAGGAUUUGAGUAGUGUAAAGAUGGCGGGGUUCGAGGAUGGAAAGGUUACACUGGAAAUCUCCAAUGCUCUUGAUCUCCAGUGAUCUACUAGAUGGGUACGAUUUCUGCAUCGAUCAUGCUGGUUCCCGUAAUAGACUGACAUAGGUUACCACAACAUGACGGUGAACCAUGCAGCUGGUGAGCAGAACAGUAUUUAUCUGAGACGGCGUCCAACCAGCCGGAGGGGCUGUGAGAAUGGUUCAUAUUAGAUACAUAC